AUGGCAUGGCGGCAUGGUGAUCGUACCCCGGCGACACCAGUACCGUUUAGUGACGCCAGCACAUGGAGUGAAGGCUUGGGAGAGCUGACGCGAAAGGGAAUAGCGGAAGCCCGUGGUGGGCCUUAUCAGGUUAACAAGGUAUUGACCGGCAGUGACUUCGAUCAGGAAUUUUCUCACUAUCCCACCUUUGUUGUUCAUAAACACAUCGCUCCUCUACGUGCUUCUUAUUGUUGUGUUUUUGCAGCGCAACAGUAUCGUCUUGGAAAAUGGCUGAGAGCUCGCUACGGCAUGUGGAUCGGCAAUCGUUUCGAUCGCAGCGAGAUCUUUAUACGUAGCAGCGACUACAACCGAACCAUUAUGUCUGCACAGGCAAACAUGGCUGGACUAUUCCCGCCGACGAAAUCAGAAAUGUGGGACAAAGAAAUGCCUUGGCAGCCAAUACCUGUGCACACUGUACCGAAAGCGAUCGACAAGGAGCUGUACGAGGACAUCAAUUGCCCAACGAUAAAGCAAGAAUUUUCGGCGUUGUGGAGAUCUGAACUGGUCCGUCGUAUGGAGUCUGAGAAUAAGGAACUUGUUGAGUAUCUUCGAGAGAAAACUGGGAUACCGAACUUCGAAUUUCGCCAGCUUUGGAUGGUAUUCGACAAUCUUUUCUGCAUGCUUCAACACAAUGACACUCACAAAUGGCCCUCGUGGGUAAAUGCGUCUAUUUUUGAUCGCAUUCACAAGUUGUAUGAUGCUUCUUCUCGUUUGAAAUACCACACAGAUGUGUUACGUCGGUUACGAGGAGGACCGUUGUUGAAGGACAUCAUACAACGAUUUGAAGCGAAGAUAAAUGGUAACUUGGGAGAUAAGCCGAAGCUGUACGCUUAUUCAGCGCACGAUACGACACUCGCUGCAAUGCUAGCUGCCAUGGGGAUUUACCCGGAACGUUUCCCACCUUAUGCGAGUGCGGUGCUUCUCGAGCUUCAUAAGAAAGAUGGACGUUUCGUGUUGGAGGUGUACUACAAAAACGUCACUGAUGUCGACGAGCUGUACCACUACAACAUUCCGGGAUGUGAAGAUCCAUGCACCCUGGACGCUUUUAAAUCUGCUAUGUAUAGGUAA